GUCUUCUCUCAUAAAACCUGACGUGGCUUUUGUUUAUUAUUGACCAGGAAAUCAAUUGUGUUAAGCGUUUGACAGCUCCAUCCUCCAUUUUUAGUGGCAUUAAGUCAGUGCCUCUUGCAUAAGCCACGUCAGAAAUUGUUAACAACGUCUAAAUUCCACAGUUCAAGAUGGCGGAUGGAGAGUUUGACCCGUGUGAGUGUAUAUGGAACCAUGAAACUGCCAUGCAAAGACUCAUCAAUUUGCUAAGGAACUCCCAAAACUACUGCACAGACAACCAGUGCCUUCAAGAUUUGCCAGGCCCAAAUGCCACUCCAGAUGGCGGGUACAGCACGAUGAUGAUGAUGAUGUUGGGAUGGCUCGUCGUGGCAACAGCUCUCUUCUUGUUGAGACCCCCAAGUCUGAGAAACCGAGGAGAUGAAAAACCAGCAAGGAAUAAUGAUCCCAGCAGUAAUCCACCCCCACCACCUCCAUCAGUACACUAAACGAUAACAGAGAAGUAUGAAACAAUUGACGGCAGAGAGAACCAAUCAGUCUUAACUGAUUUCACUACAGCUCAGAAAUAGCUCCACGCUUUCCACCACUACAGUAUAAUUAAAUAUCUUUGAACUUUGAAUGCAAACUACAACAAUAUGAAUUUUUUACCUGAAAAUUUUACUUCAUCCAACUUGUGAUCACUGAAAUAAAGUUACAUGUACGUCUUUUACCAAUGUUAUUUUCAUUUGUAUUGGCUACAUACAUGUAUGUGUUAAAGUUGUACUUGAUGAGCAGGAAUAACAGUUAGUAAUUGAUAAUGUUUUUUGGGGAUUCAUCAACUAAAGUUUUUUAUAUUGCUAAUAUGUCACAUAUUUGGAUUUACUAAAAUUGCUAAUGUUUUGAGAUUUACAGUGUAUAGAUUUGACAUUAUCCUAUGGCUAUUGUUUUAACUAUAUUUACACCUAUGGCUAUGACUAUGAAUUUGAGUGACAUAAAUAUAAUGAAGAUACACAUCAAGAGUUUAUUUCCAAAAUACAAUACAUGUCAGUUUUUAGAUUUUGAACUUAGCAGUUGAAACCUUCAUUGGAAUAGUGAGUUGAUGUCUCAUUCCAGUGUGCAAUAUACGCUACAGUGACUACAAAAAAAUUAUGUCCUGUUCAACUAAUCAAAUGGAUAUGUAGUAUUUUGGAAAUUGACUCUUGAUAUACAUUUUAUUUCUUGGAUAAUGUGGUUUCAUUUUCUUUUCUGCUUGUCUUAUUUGACUUUCAGGUUGUUUUAAAUUGAUCAGGUACAUUCUUCAGUAAGAAUCAUUAUGUCCAGUGUUAUAAUUUGUAAGUAACCUUCCUUGAAUCAUUUGUUUUAUAGGGUCUGGUUUUGUUUUAGUUUUGUUAAAGCAAAAGUUAAAUUUCAUUGUACUUGCAGUGCAAGUUAUUUCCGAGCUGUACCGUAUAGCAUUGCUUUUUCAGAAAUACUGUACAGCUAAUAUUUUUAGUGUUUUUUUUUUUUUUUAAUAGGUGUUGGCAACUUGUUUUUUGUUUGUUUUUUGUUCGCACAAAGAUUCUGUUGCCAUGGUAACAAGAACAUGACUGGGCUCUAAAGGUACUGAGCCUGUUGUAUUUCGAUCACCGUCUUUACAGCUUUAUACUCCACUUACCACUCGUAAUAGUGCUGUUGUUUAUUUUGAAGGAUUUAUUGGCUGUACUUUAAACCUGCUUAAGUUUCAUGUUCACUCUGUUAUCUGUAUAGAUCUCGGUGUUCAAAAUUAUUUAAAGUGCCUUUGCUACUUCUACUGUAAAUAAGUUUAUUAAUGGCUCUGAUCACAAAUGUUUUGUAGAAUUUACUAGUAGUUCUCGGGAGCAAGAAUUAAAAAAAAAUAUAUACAGUGAAACCUGUCUAAACGAUCACAUCGGGGACCUAAUAUUUAUAACAUUUAGACUGGAUCUGGUUUCUAGAGUCGUGUUUUAGAAUUUAGGAAAUUUGGGACACCGAAAUGUGGCCGGUUUUGACAGGAUUCCGUUUGAGACCGGUUUUGCUGUAUAUUCAGAAUCCACAGCAUUUCUAAUGUAAGUUAUAUAAAAUAAUAAUAAUAGAUGCACUGUUAGUAAUUAACCUUCAGGGAGAAAGCUAUUCAAAAGUGUAUUUGACAUUUAUAGAAAAUAGAUUACACAGAUAGAAUCAAAUGUUCACAAUGUGAUGUGUGCAAUACCAGUAGGUAUUGUGUAAAAGUAAGAAGGCACUUUAAAUUUAAGAUGGUGAUAUGUAUACUUUCGUUUUGUACAAUAAUUUUUCAGAUGUUUUCAAUAUUAAUUAGUUAUAAUGUCAAGAAUGUUGUUAUUGUUGUGUUAUUAUACAAGAGAUUUUGUGUUGAUGUUUCUACCGUUUCUUGUUGAUACUGAAUCCAGCUUUUAUAUUAAUGUAGUGGAAUUCCAAAAACCAUUCCAUGAUUACUAGCAAUAAUGGCGUAUGUAUGUAAUAUCAAUAAGUAUAUUUUUAGAUGCAUAUACCACUGACGUCAUAUACAAACAUUUUAGCCAGUGAUUGGCUGUGAAGACGUUUGGAUAGACAAUCCUGAGAAAAUUGGGGAAAAUGCAAUUAGAUGUUGGUUCAGGGAAAACAACCAUUUCUUCAGUUCUGUACAUCCUUUGUGUUUAUGGAUAUUCCAUGAUUUGUGGUAGCUCUAAACAAAUAUGUUUAAAUAACUCAUAUUUUAUGGGUGUGGCUUCUUAAAUUUUCAAGACCUGUGUAAACACUUUGCUCAUCUGUAAUGUUGGUGUUGCCAUUGUGAAAGCUAGAUUGUGUGUCUUUAACUGCUUGAGGUUAAUAUAAAGGAUCACCAAAGCAACAUACAAUAUGGUCUAUGACUAUCUGAAUCCCCGGUGCUUAAAGAUGUUUUAAAACAAUGAUUUUUGUUCACAAUGUUUCAGCAUGUACAUUUGCAUAUUUUGUGUUUAAAGUAAAACAGUAUCUGUGAUGACCAUAAUUCAAUUGUUAAAACUACUUGAAACUAAUGAAUAUUAAACCAAACCCCCAAACAAAAACUACCUAAAAUGAAAUGUCAGUGAUUUAUUUACAUGUCACCUGAUACUUGGCAGGCCAGGAUAUUUUCAUUGCAAUAAUACACAUUUUAUCAACUUUAAAAAUGGUUACAUUUUCAUUGAGGUCAGUUUAACAAAAUCGACUUCAUUUGUAACAACUGGUUUUGUACGAUAUGCCAUAAAAACAGCUAGAUUGAUCAGCAGGUAGUAUACAGAAUAUGUGAAUGUUAUAAUUACUGUGAUAUUUGAACUGGUAUUCAGUCAGAAAGUAACGGAAUGUAUACAUUUUUAGUGUUUGUUUUUAAUUGCAACCUUUUCAUAUUUAUCUUUUGUGUGUAAUAACUGGAUCAGUUUUACAAAAUUUAAACACCCUGUUGUAUUCUUGUUCUUUCAAUGAUGGUAGAAUUGAUUUAAUACCCACAUACUGUAAAAUUAUAGUGACUACCUGUUUAUUAAAAAUGCUCUUUCGGUUCUUCAUAAAGGUGACUUUGUUAUUUCAGUCAAGACAUUUUGCCAGAAAUACUACAGAAAUUAUUUUGUAAUAAAAAUUAUUGUUUCUUAAGUGCUCAGUUGUCAAACUCAACCCAGACCCGAGUACCCGCCACUUACUAUAUGAUAAUGAGACUAAGGAAUAAAGUAAAAUAGCAUUAUGCUUCUUAAUUCCAGCGCUGAACAUGGGUGCCAAAUCAUGCCAUUGUAUUGCAUUCCACACAUUCAACUUUGCUUUUUCCUCCACGUCUCAUAGUCCUAUAGUCUCAUAGUCCUAUAACGUAACCGGCAGCAAGCAUAUGGCAAAAUUACAUAAAAAAUACAAUUAAAUGAGUGUUCUUCCUUGCACGGGUACUCGAGUCCCUUUAUGCAAAAUGAAUAAACCAUUUGUACUAGGUGAAGGUAAAGGCAACAUGAUCAUAAAUCCAAGAAAUGUAUCUGCUCUGAUUCAGAUCUUUUGAUUAUUAUUACUAUCUUUUUGUUGAUGAUUACAGUGUACAACUGUGUAUCUUUUUAUUGACAUUAUCAUAUUGAAAGACAAAGAACUACUCUCCAUUUCAUCCUUCCACCUCCCCACAAGAUCUCUGUACAUAAAACUGGAUUGUAUUUGUAAAUUUAUUAUUUUUUGCAGCUUAACUUUGUAAAUGGAACUAGUCUCAGAGUUGUUCCAGUUUGUACAUGUUUUGUCAGUUUCUAUUCUUUAUAUCCCCAGGUUUCUAUUGCCAUGUCUUCACAUGUAAUCUUUCAUUGUUCUUUCACAUUGUUCUUUCACAUUGUUCUGUGAGUGGUUGUGGUACCUUGCUGGUAAUUUUUAGUACAUUUUAGUACAUUUUUAAAAACUAAGUUUCAACCACAUUUUAUACUCAUAAAAAUUAAUUAAGGGACAGUAGUCUUUUGGUAAAUGUUGGGUUUUUUGCUAGUCUCAUAUUAUUUUCACAAGUUUUCAUCAUUGUUUCAGUAAAGGUUGGCCCAGGAUACACACAAAAAUCUGCACACUGGGUUUUUUCAUGCUUUUUACAAAACUAAUGAAAUGCAUAUUCAGCUAGAAUUUAUUACACUGGUUUCUAGUGAUGGUGGUUCUUUUGUUUGCUCUAAAUUGUUGUUUACGAACACACUGCAGUAUUGACACCUUUCAUUUUAAAGGAAAAUGCCGAAAACUUGUAUUACCUUACUUUGUACUUUCUUUGAUGUCAUAAAAUACCUGUUGACUACUAGUAAACUGGCGAGUUAGGUUACAGUAAACUACAUGUUUUUAAAGGAUGGCUUCAUGUGGAUAAUGAUGAAAUCUUGACAAUGACAUUUUUCUCCACCAUAAACCUAAUUUCAAUAAUUAAAUACUAGUAUUUGUUGCUUGUAACUAUGUACUAAAGUUUGCCCAUGUGACAAAGUGAUAUAGAACCACACUCAAUGGAAAAAUACAAUGGUCAAGUGGUAAAAGCAAAAUGAAAAUUGCUACCAUUUCAUUCCUUAUUUCGAUUCUUUGGACAGGCAAUUUUUCUUUUUGCUUGGUAUUUUUAGUGCAUCUCUUUACUGACGAAAACUUGGAUGACCGCCACCAUGAAAACCUGGUUUACUGUAAAUAUUACCCAGCCCCCAAAAUGUGUAGUAUAAUCUUUAUAAAGUAAGUUACAAUUUUACUUUCAGCACACAAAUAUACUGUUCAGUAAUUGACUUGCAGCACUCAUUUUAUAGACAUGAGAAUGCCAUUUGCACUUCCUGGCAAAUGCUGUAUAAAUCUCCAACUGAAAAUAAUGUCCAAUGUUAUGAUUGGGUGUCUGUCUGUUGGUUGCUGUUGUGGAAAUUCUAGAUUACAAGUCCUUUGAGUGGUGGUUUAAAUCUUAUUAAAUAUUGAAUUUUAAAUAUGUGUACAAACAGUUAUCGUAUAUAUUUGUAAAUACUAAGUUUAUAAACCUGAAGUUUGUUCUGGAGGGCGAACUUUAAGUGAAUGUGAUGCAAUAGAAUCGGUAAAAUUGUUUGAGGGCUAUUGCCCUCCUGAACACCACUGAAAGGUUAUAUAUAUAUAUAUAUAUAUGUAUAUUGAAUACAGAAUAUAUUAAUAUUUUAUUUUAUCAAGAUCUGGUUAUAUUUUAUGUGUAGGGAAUUGGUCAUUUAUAUCUGUGGGACGUUCAGAUUAUUUCUUUCUGUGCAUAUUGCAACUGUGAUUCAUGUAGAAAGUUCCACGCUCUAAUACUGUCUUGAAUAAAUUCUGUAGAAAGUUCCACGCUCUAAUACUGUCUUGAAUAAAUUGUGUAGAAAGUUCCACGCUCUAAUACUGUCUUGAAUAAAUUGUGUAGAAAGUUCCACGCUCUAAUACUGUCUUGAAUAAAUUGUGUAGAAAGUUCCACGCUCUAAUACUGUCUUGAAUAAAUUCUGUAUAAUUA